UUCCCUGUUGGUCGUAUCCAUCGUCAUCUGAAGAGUCGUACAACAUCGCAUGGACGCGUGGGUGCCACCGCCGCUGUUUAUUCUGCUGCCAUUCUGGAAUAUUUAACAGCAGAAGUUUUGGAAUUGGCCGGUAAUGCAUCAAAAGAUUUAAAAGUCAAACGUAUCACUCCCCGUCAUUUGCAAUUAGCCAUUCGUGGUGAUGAAGAAUUGGACAGUCUUAUCAAAGCAACCAUUGCCGGUGGUGGUGUCAUACCACACAUUCACAAAUCUCUGAUUGGCAAAAAAGAAGACAACGUACAAGAGCCGCAAAGAAAAAAUACCGUUAUUUUAUCGCAAGGGUAUUAAUAUUUUAAUUUUUCAUUUACAUAUAUUUUUUUAAUUUUUAUUUCUAUUGCUAAUAAUUAUAUAAUGAUAAAAAUAAUAUAAACCUUACAAAAAAACGUAAAAUAAUAAAUUUU